AGAAAAUCAAAAGAAAUCAUGCCAAGAAAUAUUCCUUUUAGUCACUGAGAGAAGAAUUUUGGUUCCCUUCUUUUCUUUUGCCUUUUUUCCUCUUCACACCUCACUUUCUCUCCCUUGCUUUUGCGUUUCUUGCUCUCCAAGUGGGGGUUUUGGGGUAUCAAAAUACCACAUUGGCGCAUCACUUUGCAUAUUUGCAUUUCUUUGGUUGCUUUGCUUUAGUGCAAUGAUGCUCUUUUGAGAUAAGAAUAGAGGUUCUUUCACUGUAAUGCUCUUCUUUUUAACUCCUCUGUGCUGCUUUCCAUUGUUAUUUUUAGUUCUUUUGCAGUUUUCUCCCACUUGCGCUCGUUUCCCGUCCCGGGAAUUCACCUUAGCUUAACUAGUCCCCGUAGUUGCUUGUGGGGGAUUUAGGCAUCUGGGUUUUAGUGUUCUGUUUCUGGGUGUUGAGAGAUUGGGAUUUGUGAUUCCUUUGCAGAGGGCCGGCGUGUUUCCUAAACGAAGAUUAACUAGAGGUUUAAAGGAGGUUUCUUUGAGCAGAAGAUGGCAGGAGGAGGAGGAGGAGGUGGAGGAGGAGGUGGAGGACCUGCACCACCACCAAAGCAAGAGGAGUUGCAGCCUCAUCCAGUCAGGGAUCAGCUGCCCAACAUUUCUUUUUGCAUAACCAGCCCUCCGCCAUGGCCUGAGGCUAUAUUAAUGGGUUUCCAACAUUACUUGGUGAUGCUUGGCACAACUGUUCUCAUACCCAGCAUUCUAGUUCCUCAGAUGGGAGGAGGAAAUAAAGAGAAAGCAAAGAUGAUUCAGACAUUACAAUUUGUGGCUGGCUUGAACACAUACCUUCAAACAAUGUUUGGCACCCGACUACCUGCAGUAAUUGGAGGUUCAUAUACCUAUGUGCCAACAACCAUUUCAAUCAUCUUGGCGGGUCGAUACAGUGAAAUUGCAGACCCUGUGGAGAAAUUUGAGAAGAUAAUGCGAGGGACCCAGGGCGCACUAAUUGUUGCCUCAACACUUCAAAUUAUUCUAGGCUUUAGUGGUCUUUGGCGCAAUGUUGCAAGGUUCUUAAGUCCACUGGCUGCUGUUCCUUUGGUUGCUCUAUCUGGCUUUGGGCUCUACAAGCUUGGUUUUCCUGUGCUCACAAAAUGCAUAGAGAUUGGGCUGCCACAGAUCAUCCUUAUUCUCGUUUUCUCCCAGUAUAUACCACAUCUUGUGAAAGGAGAAGGGCGGGUAUAUGAUCGGUUUGCUGUUAUAUUCUCGGUGGUGAUUGUCUGGAUUUAUGCUCACCUGCUUACCGUUAGUGGGGCAUAUAAGAAUACAGGACCUACAACUCAAAUAAGCUGUAGAACUGAUCGUGCUGGUAUUAUAGGUGCUGCUCCCUGGAUAAGAGUUCCUUAUCCAUUUCAAUGGGGAGCUCCUUCAUUUGAUGCUGGAGAGUCUUUUGCAAUGAUGGCUGCUUCCUUUGUCGCUCUAGUAGAGUCAACAGGUGCCUUCCUUGCUGUGGCAAGGUAUGCAAGUGCAACACCACUGCCACCAUCUGUUCUCAGCCGUGGUGUUGGUUGGCAGGGAGUCGGUAUUCUCUUCUCGGGAAUAUUUGGAACUGGCAAUGGAUCAUCUGUCUCUGUGGAGAAUGCUGGUUUGUUGGCACUGACACGUGUUGGGAGUCGAAGGGUUGUCCAGAUAUCUGCAGGGUUCAUGAUCUUCUUCUCCAUUCUCGGGAAAUUUGGUGCUGUCUUUGCUUCAAUUCCAGCUCCAAUCAUUGCAGCUUUGUAUUGCCUUUUCUUUGCUUAUGUGGGUUCAGCAGGUCUUAGUUUGCUUCAGUUUUGCAAUUUAAACAGCUUCAGAACAAAGUUUAUAAUGGGUUUCUCCAUUUUCAUGGGCUUAUCAAUACCACAAUACUUCAAUGAGUACACAGCCGUUAAUGGUUAUGGUCCAGUCCACACUGGAGCAAGAUGGUUCAAUGACAUGAUUAAUGUGCCGUUCUCCUCGGGAGCAUUUGUUGCUGGUGUUUUGGCAAUGUUUCUCGACGUCAGUCUGGACAAGAAAGACAGUACCACAAGGAAGGAUCGCGGUAUGCACUGGUGGGACAGGUUCCGAUCAUACAAAACUGAUACAAGAAGUGAGGAAUUCUAUCGCCUGCCUCUCAAUCUUAACAAGUUCUUCCCAUCGGUGUGAUCCUCAGAUGCAGUUUUUGAAGCUCAAGUCAUAAACUCAUGCUCCCCCAAGGCCCCAAAACCUCAUUGCAGCUACCGUAGUAAAAAAAAAAAAAAAGAGAGAGAGAGAGAAGGAAUGAUAUAAUAGUGUUCUUUUACAUCACUAAUAUCAACCCAAUAUAUGUAGUGAUACAUAAUGACGGUAUUUCUUCUGGUAUUGCUAUAAAUCUCAUAAUGUUGUCAGAUAUGGUAUCGAAGUUUUGUGAAAGUAAAUUCAGCACAUAUAUAGAUAUUUCCAUGUGCUUCUGUGCAUUUGUGUGAGAUUUCUCUGUCAAGACCAUGAUCAUUUGGAUGGAUAAAAUGCAUCAUGUUUG